UCAUUUGAUCAACAUAAUCACUCCGGAGAUGUCUUGACUUAAAGUCCACACAGCUCUCGGUAGUGUAUAUCGGGGAGAUCUGUGUUGCAUCUUCUGAAGAAAUACGCAUUUUUGUUACUCGUCUAAACCUUAAGGGGAGUUUUUAGCUUUUGGUCAGCGAGUGGUUCCUGGAAAACAUCUGAAUCGUUUUAUAACCAAACACAGCUGCCGUGCCAGUGUAUGUGUGUGUGCGUGACAGUGUGUAUGCGUGUGUUCAUCCGUAUGUGGAAGAGGGAGAGAGAGUGAGGGUAUCUGUUUGCUUCCCUUUCCAAAACGGAAAGAAAGAAAAAAGUUUGGAAGUCUUUUUCUCCCAGUAACUUUUUUUAGGCAUGAACGCCGAGACGUGCGUCUCAUACUGCGAUAUGACAUCCAUGGAUUCAUAUUAUAGCCCCUCUGCACCGCAAGGUAGGGAUCAUCCGACGAACCCGUUUAGGACAUUCCAAGUAAGUGACACCAAAUACAGCCCCACUUUCCUGCCAAACAAAGGUCAGGCUUACGGAGAAAAGUCUCGGAGCCCAUUCCAACAGGAGUGUCAGUCAUUGGAUGUCACCACUGGGGAAGGCACCUUUAACAAAUACCACCUCUUCAUGCAGAGGUCUUCUUGCAAAACCCCCCCUGAAGGAGGCAAACUGCACCAAGAAAGCGGACACAACGGAGCGCUCAUUCCCUGCUAUGGUAAAGACAGCUCAGGACUGACAGACUCUGACCUGACCCCAAACUCUGACCCCUCUGGGAUGGACGGCAGCUACCUGAGUGUGAAGGAUCAAGGCGUGAAGGGCCCCUCGGACCGACCAGGCUCGGACAUGGCCGGCCCCAUGGACAAGGGCGAGGGUGAGAGCAACAAGGGCAAGAAGAGGCGUAACCGCACCACCUUCACCAGCUACCAACUGGAGGAGCUGGAGAAGGUCUUCCAGAAGACCCACUACCCAGACGUGUACGCCCGCGAGCAGCUGGCCCUCCGGACUGACCUGACUGAGGCCCGGGUACAGGUGUGGUUCCAGAAUCGCCGAGCCAAAUGGAGGAAGAGGGAGCGCUUUGGUCAGAUGCAGCAGGUCAGGACACACUUCUCCACGGCGUACGAGCUGCCUCUUCUAGCCAGACCUGAGAACUAUGCACAGAUACAGAACCCAUCAUGGAUUGGUGGCGGCAGCGGAGCGUCUCCUGUACCAGGCUGUGUAGUGCCCUGUGACUCAGUCACAUCCUGUAUGACCCCUCACCCUCACUCUGGCAGCGGCGUAUCUGACUUCCUGGGCGUCCCGAACCCUGGGGGUCACAUGGGACAGACACACAUGGGCAGCCUGUUUGGGGGUCCUGGCAUGGGGUCAGGGAUCAACGGGUACGAUCUGAACAGCAUGGACCCAGACCGCAAGUCCUCCAGCAUCGCCGCCUUGCGUAUGAAGGCCAAGGAGCACAGUGCAGCCAUCUCCUGGGCAACAUGAUGCCUCAACAGCAGCAGGACAGGGGCCUCUGGGAACCCCACCACGUCCAAACCAAGCCAAAGCAGAGAGGGGGGCCAGUCUGUGCUACUAUAACAGAAAUAUUGAUAAUCUAAAAUAAUAAUGAUGAUAAAAGCCAUAAAAGCCAUAGCAAAUUGCUGAAGAGGAGAGAAAAGAGACUAACAAAUCUGGACAGUGAACCUCUUUACUUUGUGUCUCUGAUGGGAGAGACCAGUGGACAUCAGAGAUGAACAACAGUCAGUCAGUCAGGUAGUCAAAGCUUGAGGUAAGAAGCAGGAAAUCAAGAAUCAGACCUAUCUUUGAAGAGACAAAUGAAUUGGUUGCUUGUUGGAAACAAUGUGCUGGGUAUACAGUAGCUAUAAACUAUAACACAACAAAAAUAACAAAAAAAGCAGAAUAGAUUUGAACCAAUCCCUGCACUUAUUCAGUUAAUACAGGUAAUGCUGUUUGUACAGAUAUUGAGAUGCGUCUGCUAACACACCUGCUAGUGAGAGUCAACACAGCUUUUUCUGUUCAGGUGUUAUUAUACUUUCUUGUUUUCCGGUAUUUAAAUUUGAAGUGUGUAUUUUUAAUUCAUUUUGAUCCUGGUUUUGUCCCAGAAUCCCUUGUCCCUUUCUGUCAGACUGUGUGCAACUAUUCUCUCCACAUAAACUGAUAUUCACAUAUUUACAUACAUUCGGCCUGAUUUGGGUCUGUGUGUACGUUUGGGUUUCCUAAGGUCAUUUUGGUCAGCUUCACUUCAAGGAGAGGGGUGUAGGUAACGGUCAAGCCCAAUGCCGAUCCAUCUCCGUCAGAUUAACUGAAAGAAUGCUGAUAAAAUCAGUCAUAUUCUUCAGUUUGGGAAAGGGGUAAACCAUUUCAAAGGUAGCUUACUGUUUCUGGUAUGCAUGGUCAGCACUAGCAUAGUUUCGGUUGUUGCUACCUUCCAACAUUUAAAUGUCAGAUAUCAAUCCAGGUUUGUUUAAGUGCGGGCAGACAGAGAGCCCUACUUGCACCGCUGAUGAGCCAUCACUGAGCCAGAGAUGGAUGGGGAUGAGGAAGUGGUGUGUGUGUGAGUAUGAGAGAGAGGCACAGCAGGCCUGCUGGGGCCUACAGGUCUGAGAGCACCAGACAGGCUCAGCUCUGUUUGCAGGAGGAGAUUCAAAGUGGACAUGCCAUUUCCUCCCUUGGCAUUUCCUCACCUCACAUUUCCACCUAGGGAGUUACAGGAAAAGUGCCCUCCAGUCCCAUUGCCAGAGAUAACACCCAGCUGCAGCCUUGAACAGCAGAGAGGCAGUGUAGAUUAUACAGAUUAUGCAGUUUUUGUAGAUUAUACAGUUAUUGAGGGGGAUAAUAAAAUGCUGACUAACGCCAUCAAUGUUGACCACUGUCUCUUUUCAUGCAAAGCCUCACCCCCCCAGGCAACAACCGGAUCCCCUGUCCCUUCACCUCAGUGUGGACAUGGAACAAUGCGGGGGGCAAACUGGCAUCCGUGCUUUCGAUGGCUCCAUGUCACGAUUUGCGGAGGUGACAGAAAUACUAGACGUGUUCCAUCAUCUUAUGCAUUAUGGGCUUUCUGUUUGCCCAAGGUUCCCAUUUGGAUCAAGUCAAAACAAAAGGUCUCAUAGAUUUGAAGCCAAAUAGGAUACCCCAUGCACCUUGAGCAGAGAAUCCAUCUCUAAUUCUGUAACACAAGCUUCAUUAUUUCUCCUUUCACUUGGUAGCUCUGCUAGGAUAUAGUGUUAUGUACGAUCCAGGAUGAACUGUCAACAUCUACAAACAGUGGAUCAGAAACCCUUUCCAAAUGACAACUCAGAUUGGAUCCAGUUUUACAUGGCAGUUCAAGUCUAAUGCAUGAACAUACUGCUGACAACAUGGCUUGUCUCUCAGUGGUUGGAGGUGCUCCUCUGAGAUCUGGAGAUGGGGCCCCUGUGCUCUCAUAGGCCGCUCUAAGGGGUUGCUGGGAGGGCGAACGGGCCACGGCGUUCCGGUGUUCUAGGAAAAGGACAGUGCACACAGCUGUGCUCAGGGGAUAAAUGCAAAACAAACAUGCCUCGCACAUGCUUCCCCUCAGCUGUCAUGGCUCCAUUUUCAAAGAAGCCCCCACACUGCACUAGGGCUCUCCCUCUCGCUCCUCUGGCCGAAUGCCUGCCCCUCCGGCACUACGGCCAUACACAGCCAGGCUGCAGCCUUUUUAAUUAACACUGGGACAUCUGUGGACAGGGAUUCUUUCUGGGAUUGUGUGACAGAACAGACAGAGCCGCCUGUGGCCCUGUGCUUCAGGUUGGCCUAUAGCUGUCCCUGACUAGGGCUUGGGGGGUUUAUAGUGCUGGGUUGGGUGCUUCUCAGAGCUCAAACACACAUGAAGCUCAGGUCGACACAGUUGAUUUGUUUACCGUUUUCGUCAUGUUUUUGAAAACAUUUUAAUUUCUUUAUUUAUAGACAUGUUCUGUUAUCUGCAGUUCUCUAUUGAUUGAAAAGGACAAAAUCGAAAGCUCAGUGUUAAAGACUGCAGAAACGUACAAGCCCAUAUGAAGCCUUCUUGGAUGAAUCACAGGUUAUUAUGUAAAUGUUCACUUUUUCAUCUACUCUAAUCGAGGCACAGCUUGCCUUAGGUCCUUAACUGAUCAGAUAUGCAGAAUUUAAGUCGUUGCGAAACAGCUUGUAUAUCAGCUCAUCCUGUUGUAGCCUGCAGGGGUCCCAGUCUGUCCCUCGGUGAUGAUGUCACCUUUCACACGACCCCUAUCAUUUUUAAUACUACUGAAGCAGGGCAAUAAAAAUAAGUAAAUACUUAUAAUAUAAAACUGUGUGUUGUGUGUGCAUGUAAAAACAUUUUUUUUGUAUGUAAAUUGGACUGAUUUACAGUAAUUUACAAAGACCCUUGAAAUGUUACUAAUUUGAUGUAAAGUUUUGCGUUAUCUUUGUGAGAUACUUGUGGGUUGGUUUUUGAGUGAUCCUUCUGAAGGGGGUGGGUGUUCUUGGUUUUUGAGUGAUCCUUCUGAAGGGGGUGGGUGUUCUUGGUUUUUGAGUGAUCCUUCUCAAGGGGGUGGGUGUUCUUGGUUUUUGAGUGAUCCUUCUGAAGGGGGUGGGUGUUCUUGGUUUUUGAGUGAUCUUUCUGAAGGGGGUGGGUGUUCUUGGUUUUUAAGUUUCCAAGUAUUUUGAAAGAGUUUUUGUGGCUUUAAGCUAUAUUGUACGGCUUUUUAAUUAAUGAUGGUAUACUUUUACUUGUGUUACUGUUCUCAUAUAUACUUUGUGUGAGUUACUAUAGUACAGUAAGUUAUUGCACUUACAUAUUUUAGAAAAUUGUUUUACAAGCAUUGAGAGCAAAACCGUUGUUCAUCACAUACUUAUUUUUUAAAACAGCAUCAACUACAAUUUUUAUGGAUAAUUGAAGUGCAGCUUCAAUUGUCACGAAUGAUUUCAUAUAGUUACCGCCAAUUCUUUAAAGGUCCAGUGCAAGUCCAAAACGUGAUUUCCCUGGUUUUACAUAUAUUUCCUGAUGAGGUUGGAAUAAUACUGUAAAGUAGUGAAAAUGAUAAUUGCCUUUUAAUGCGAGAGCAGUUUGAAAAGACCGCCUGAAAUUUCAGCCUGUUUUGUUGGGAUGGAGUUUUGGCCUGCCUGGUAUAAAAUGAGUUAGACCAUUAAGAAAGAGAGCGCCAACCCGCUCUGCCAAUUUCAGCUGAUGUUUAGUUCUCCCCAUUCAGACCACUCCCAGACAGUCUGGCAAAAUUCUUGCUUGAGAAAGUUCUCUUUGCUAAGAAGUUGUUUCUUUUUGACCAUUUAUAUUGAAAUCAUAUUAAGAAACUUCAUUGCUACCCUGAAAUUAUUUUACAUUGCGAUUAAAAAGGCUGCAUUGGACCUUUAAACAAACAAUAAAACACAUUUAGUCAAAGAGCUCAGAGCUCAAUAUUUCACCAUUUUUCUAUGCUGUUGUGGGAAUGAUGCUACUGCAGAAGGAUUCCUACUCUCACGGAAACAUCCUACAUUUAAAGACUGGGGAUGUUUUUAGGAUGGCAAGACUCUCAGAGGAGUCAUUAAGAGUAGCAGUUUUUACAAUAUCCUCAGCAAUGGGUAACAUCUGACCAUAAUAACAUGUGUGGAGAUUUUGGGGAUUCUGGUGUUGUUCUGUUUAUACUGAUGUCUAUAUAAUUAGGAUGGAGGGGUGGGAGGGCCAUCAAUAAAAAUCUAGAGGGUUCCAAA